CAACCUUGUACCACCUUUAUCAGCAUUCUGGAUCUGAAUUUCUGGCAUAUAACUUCACUUUGAAACCUCUCUAAGUUUCUAUUGACAAUCUUCAUCGCAAUCCUCGUCCAUCGGCGUUAACAAAAUUUUUACUAGCGAACAAUUUUACCAAAGCCCCCACCUUUGACCAGUACCUACUGUAAGAUAUUUUUCUCUCCUGCAGUUCCUCAACCACAUUCAACAUGGACGAGGAAAGACCCUUGCUGCACCAUGUCGACCAAGGUCAUUGCCCCAUGACAGAUCAACCGGUGGUCGAUUUCGACCCAAAAGGUGAUAUUGACAACCCUUUGGAGUGGUCGAAAGCAUACAAGCUCGGCGUUAUAUCUUUAUUGAGCUUCAUGGCCUUCACAACAACAUUCACAUGUAUUGGCGUUGUGCCAGUUGCGGAACGAAUCGUCUUUGAUUUGCAGGGCAAAGAGAGCAAGUCGGCAAGCAUCCUCCUGGUCACCGUCUGGGAACUUGGAGAAGCAGCUGGGCCACUUCUCAUUGCACCACUAUCAGAGAUUUAUGGACGGUACCCUGUGUUCAACGCGGCGAAUAUGAUCUUCAUCCUCGGAGUUCUACUGGCUGCCUUGAGUCAGACGGCAAACACUUUCAUCCUAGCUCGUUUCUUGACUGGACUCGCUGUCGCUGCGAAUGUGCUCAAUCCUGCUAUCAUAGGCGACAUCUACCCAUCCGAGUUACGAGGCUCAGCAAUGUCGCUCGUCAUGCUUUCUCCACUGAUCGGAGGGGCAAUUGGCCCCGCCAUUGGAGGCUCCAUCGCAGAGUCAAUUGGAUGGAGAAAGAUCCUCUGGAUGAGUGCGAUUCUUGCCAUCGUCUGUGAGGUCUUAUUUCUCGUCCUCCUUCGUGAGACUUACAAAGUCUCAAUUUUGAAGAGAAGAGCUGCCCGUUUGCGGGAGGAGACUAUGGAUGAGUCGCUAAAAUGUGCUUGGGAAGAAGAGAACGGAGGAAUGGCGUUGUGGUGGUCCGAAUUAAGAACUUCUAUUGCACGCCCAAUGAUUGUGUUGUGGGACUCUUUUGUGCUCAAGAUCAUGGCUUUCUAUGGAGGUUUGGUCUUCACGCUAUACUACGUCCUAGCGACAACUCUCCCUGGUAUACUGAAAGACAUCUACGGCUUCUCUCCAGCUCUGAUUGGGUAUUCAUUCUUGGCCUUCAGUGUUGGUGCAUCGUUUGGCAUCGUCGCAUGUAAUCUCUAUCUUGAUGAUAUCUACAUCAAGCUCGGAAAAUCUCACGGAGGCGCUCGGCCGGAAUUUCGAUUGCCAUUCAUGAUUGGAGGAGCCACUUUUAUGCCAGUCGUUGUGGCACUCUAUGGGUGGGCACCAUAUGCUCAUUGGCCAGUCUAUGUAAUUCUCCUGGCUGUCGCUCUGCUUGGAUUCGCCUUGUUGUUCCUCUCGGUGCCUCUAACUUCAUACAUCGUCGACGCUUUCGGAUUGUAUUCGGCAUCUGCAAUGACGAUGAUUCUCAUUGCGCGUUGUUUGGGAGGAACUCUGCUUCCACUUGCCAUUCCUCCUUUAACAGAUGCUCUUGGGCUGGGGUAUGGUUUUGUACUCGUGGCUGGUAUCUUCUUAGCUUUGAUUCCUGUGCCGAUGCUAGUCAUGCGUUAUGGAUCAGUUUGGCGCCAGAAGUCUGUGUAUACGAGAAACGAGUAAUUCUUUGUAUUGGGUCCUGCAACCUUGUUGGUUAUCAUCGUAAGCGUGUAGUGCUCGUGGAGUAUGGUGUCAUUUGGUUUGGGGAUGUUUACUUGGCCUUGAUUGGGAAUAUAUACUAUAGAUCUGGUAGCAUUAAGCUUUGUUCUUGAGGACAAGCAAAAUUAGAUAGAGAUUGAUAGACUGGAAAAGGCUUUGGAAGAACUUCAUGCUUCCCGACUCUGCACGGAUAGGGAAUCAAAAGCAACG